AUGGAGGUUAUUUAUGUGUGGGAGGGUAGCUCACCUUUAAAGAAGUGCAAGGCGAAGAAGAACAACAGCAUUCAAAUGAAUUUUCCUGUGAAAGAAUUCAGAAGUCGAGAUGAAUUUAUUUUGUGGUUGAGAUGGUUGAAGGAAGCAGAUGAGAUAACCGAGAAAUCAGAUGAAGUUUUGAUUUAUAGAUCAACAUAA